UGGUUACCGGGAGCCGUAAACAAGGUGUGCAAGCAUCCAGAGAGCUGUCGGGAUGCAGCAGAGCGGAGCUGCUGGAGGCCGUGGCUGCGCUCUGUUCCCACUGCUGGGCUUUUUGUUCUUCCAGGGUGUUCAAGUCGUCCUUUCCUUGGAGAUUAAAGCAGAUGCCCAUGUCCGGGGUUAUGUAGGAGAGAAGAUCAAGUUGAAAUGCACCUUCAAGUCGACUUCAUCUGUCACUGACAAACUCACCAUAGACUGGACGUACCGACCCCCCAGCAGCAGUCGUACAGAAUCAAUUUUUCAUUAUCAGUCCUUCCAGUACCCAACCACAGCAGGUACAUUUCAGGAUCGAAUUUCCUGGGUUGGAGAUGUAUACAAAGGGGAUGCGUCUAUAAGCAUAAGCAGCCCUACCCUAAAGGACAAUGGGACAUUCAGCUGUGCUGUGAAGACCCCAGAUGUGCACCAUAAUAUUCCUGUGACGGAGCUAACAGUCACAGAAAGGGGUUUUGGCACCAUGUUCUCCUCGGUGGCGCUCCUCUCCGUCCUUGUCUUCCUGCCCUCAGCCGUGGUGGUGGUUCUGCUGCUGGUGAGGAUGGUGAGGAAGUCUGAGGGGCUGCAGAAGAUGAGCAAGUCUGGCUAUAAGAAGUCAUCUAUUGAGGUUUCAGAUGAGACGGACCAAGAGGAGGGGCAUGACUGCAUGGCGAGGCUUUGUGUUCGUUGUGCGGAGUGCCUGGACUCAGACUAUGAAGAGGCAUAUUGAUGAAAGUCUUCAUGAUAUAAGAAGAGUCACCUGCUAGCAGAACAAGUCCCGUUCCCCUGGCAGCUAAAGCCUCUCAGAAGCAGAGCUGGCUUGGAUGGCAGUGCUGGAGGAUUCUGGAAGUCAUCAGGAGAGACUUCAGGAACCAUUUAUUUAUUGAAGAAAUGUUCUUUUUAUAUUUAUAAACUGUUUAAGAGAUCUCAGAAGAAACUCAUAGCUACCCCUUUUAAUAACUUAUGCUCUACUUGAAUGAAGGAGUUCUCUUCCUGAAUUGAAAGAUACUUUUUGUUUCCCCUGUGUUCUUGAAUGUAUUACAUGUUUUCUUCCAGUUACUUGAGGGGAAUCCUAAAUGUUGGCCACACCAUGGAUGCCAAAAUAUCUUUAAAAAAUGAAAUGGAGCUCGUAGCUUCCUGAUGUGCUACAAGACGAAAUGUUUGUUGGGGAUAAGUGUCCUUUGUUAUUUGCUCCAUGAAUGUUUUCAGCUGUGAAUCAGCAAAGAGCAUAUACUCCUUGGUUUCAUGACACCAUCACUUGUGUUUGGGUGACUUGGAACCCUAAUUUCCAUAGAGUUGGCAGGACCAGGAGUCCAUAGUUUGCUUUGACUGAGUUUUUAAAGUAUUAAAAUGUCAUCAAUUUAUGAUUAAGGAAGGGAAUGGCGACCUAAAGGGAUCGCUUUCUUUUGUCUUGCUAGGUGCAGUUUGUUACCUUACUCUCUUAUGGCUGACUGAUGAGUGGUUUCCUUCUUGAUGUCCCAGAUCAGAGGCAAGAUAACUCUUUGUAAGGUUUUUAGUGGGGAAUGUAGAGAAUAUUUUCUCAGUUAUUUGCAAUAUUUUUUUUUAACAAAUGCCAUUCCGGAGUUCAAAUGUUGGAUUGGCUUUAACGAGGCUUUUAUUUAUAGGAAAUAAUCUUUUUGACCUGAGUCAUUCCUCAGAACUUUUUUGUGUUCUAAAAUGUGCCAAAUAUGAGUGAGCUAAGGUAUUUACAAACAGUUUUUGCAUAAUAUUUGACAUAAGGAAGUGAGAUGGUACAUAACCUUUACUUCUCGUUUCUGUUCUCUGAUACCUUAUAUCGACUUCCUCCAUUUUCCCGCAGCAAACGAUUUCCAAUUUUAAUUUACAUGGGAUUUUCUAUAAGCCAUUAAGAAAUAUGCAAGACAUGUCCAGAAGAUCACAGUGUAGUCCUCUGUAAAACAGCAGCAGAGUUUACUUCUCAAUUAUGAGAGACAAAAAUUUUCCCCUCCUCCCAUUGCUGUUUUUUUCAACAGGAGAGUCCAUGAUUCUUCACUAGGUGACUCAGGAGGCUUCCAUAUUACAGCAAAUACACCGUACACAUUAUACAAAAAAAAAAAAUCACUUCCCCAGGAUUUAUUUGAGUAUAUGUGCUGCCAAAGCCAGCACACCCCAGGAUUUAUUUUUAAAAAUUUGGGUUAUUGGUGCUGGAAGUCAUCAGUAAAAACUUGAAGAAAUAUGACAUAGGUUUGGCCUGGCCCUUUUGUCAAUCUAGUCCAUACAUAAGAGAGUCUGGUUAAUUAAUUAGAAAUUAUGCUUUUUGUCCGGUCACGUAAGGAAGUGGAAGAGGAAGAGGCACAUUGACAGUUUAUUUCUAGUGGUUAAGCCUCAGAGUCUUGAGCUACUUGGGCUCAUCUGGGGCCAGGCUAGUGAGACAGUCUGACACCUCAGCUGGGAGGGGAAAACAUGUUUGAGCAAUGAGAGUUAAUACUCUGGGCUCUAGGAGAUUUGAAGAUAGAGAUCUAAUUGUGAGGCCGACUUGUGGGUCCUCAUGUCUCUGAGAAAGAGAUGAUGCUACAGGAAACCCAGCUAAAACCACAUUUCCUGGAUCGAGGAACUGGUUUUAUCUCGGUUUUCUUGUAAUUUCCUUUCAGGCAUGUUGUGAGGAUUAAUCCAGGCUAGUAUGUUUGUCCCUUUAGGUAGAUGGUGCUGUGUGGAUACUUGGUUGUUGUUAUUUUGUAGCCUUGAUCAUGAUUUGAACAAGUCCCUUUCUUCUUAAGUGACUGAACAGUAGCAUCCUUCACGGUGAGAGAGUAAGCUGCUUAGUUCGUGGGCUCCGUGGCUUUAAAAGGUCACAUCAGUCCUAAGGCUGCUCUCAGUGUCCUUGUUUGUCUCUCACCCUGAGUCUGGCUUACAGCCUUACGGCU